AUGAUAACGAAAUUUUUGGUUCUGGCGACUUUUGUCGUCGCGAUUCACGCGCAAUUAUUGGGACUUAACUUGAAUUUGAACACACAACCGCAAACUUACCAGCAAAUGCAGCAACAGAUGCAACAACAAAUGCAACAAAGACCUUCCUUCGAUACUCGACCACGUCCUGCAAGUGACAGCUCGGAGACACAAUAUCACUAUCCGUGUCACGGAGACAUUGUUCAAAUGACUCGUCCUGGAGGGCAACUCACUGCAGCGACGAAUUAUUGGAAUGGUCGCGUUGAUUUGACGGAUUACGAGUACUUGAAAGCCAUUAAACUCGUAAUUCGUGUCGAUCAAGCGGCAGAAAUCACUGUAGAUCCCGAAGUUGGUUACGUAAGCGGACCAAAGACGGGAAAAGUCUUUCGAGUGACGUACGAAGGAGCGCCUCCAGACGUGAAUGAAGUGCAUUUUCACAUUAGAGGACUUCAGAGCAAACUUUUUCCGAAUUUGGUGUCACUUUAUUUGAAUAAUCGGGAGAUUUGUAAAAAUCCAACGUCGAUCGUCAACAACCUUUCGGGAACACUAACGAACCUUGGAAAUGCUGGAGGACAAUUAACCGGAGGCUUAACUGACACCCUUGGCGUUGGAGGACUCUCUGGCGGGCUUUUUGGAGUUCCAGCAGGAACUAAUUACAAUAAUGCCGGUUCGAGACCUCAAAACGUAAGAACAACCACAACGACCCGUAAACCAUCGACUUCGAGGACAACAACGCCCGCAAUCGCUACUUGCGGAAAGCGACAAAUUACUCAGUCAGCGUAUAUUACCAACGGAUAUGAAGUUCGCCCGGGAGAUUUUCCGUGGCAUGCAGCUUUGUAUCAUAAGGGAACACGAUCUUCUUCUUACAAAUGUGGCGGAACUUUGAUCAAUAAACAAACUGUCAUCACAGCAGCUCAUUGUUUAUAUUCCAAUGGACGUCCGAUAGUUCCCGAUAAAGUCAGCAUUCAACUCGGAAAACACAAUUUAAACAUUUUUGACGCCAAUACGGUCGAAUAUCAAGUCUUUAAACUCAUCAUUCACCCCGAAUAUUCGCCAAUUGACUUGCAAGACGACAUCGCUCUCGUUCGUUUGGACAACGUCGUCGAAUUUACUCAAUUUAUAUUUCCCGCUUGUUUGUGGAAAGCCGAGAAAAAAGCACUUGAGAACGUCAUUGGGCGCAAAGGAAGUGUCGUUGGCUGGGGUUUGACGGAAGACGAUGGCUUGGCGGAAGUUUUGAACGCUGGCACGAUGCCCGUCGUUGGAUUCCUCGAGUGUCUCGAGAGUGACAGAGACUUUUUCGGACCAUUUUUGUCGGACUUUAAUUACUGCGCGGGAUACAGAAAUGGUACAAGUGUGUGCAAUGGAGACUCCGGAGGAGGCAUGUUCUUCCAAGAAAACGGGUUAUGGACACUCCGAGGCUUGGUUUCGUUCAGUUCUGUUCGUGAAGACCGCGAUGUUUGCAAUCCGGAGAACUUUGUGAUAUUCACUGACGUAGCGAAAUACUUGGAUUGGAUCGAAGAAAAUAUGUAAAAGCUCGUUUUUGGUCGUUUUUUCACUCAACAUAGUUUUAAACCUUUCAGCGAAUUAAAAUUUUUAAUAAAUUUUUAUUA